UUUACUUAUACCGAAUAUUGCCAGGGCAGAUUACUAUCUGGAAUGAGGUCCAGCUGUAUCCAGAUUACUUAUUCUAGGAAUCUGCCAUGCGAUCCCGACCUACCCACUCGACAACGGCCCUCAAGAGUACACACAGCAUUCGGACUAGCGUACCAUUCGUAAGAUAAUGUCGAUAUUUGCCGACUUCAAAGACAAGUGCUCUUUCCCUAGCCUUAAGGAGCUAUCUUCGCGCCCUCCCGACGUUCGAAAUCACUGGUGCACGCUGGCCGAGAUCCAAAACGCCAUUGUCAUCGAGAGUAAUACUUACCUCACAGUCUAUGACACUGAAGGCCAUAAGUUAUCCGUCUUGGUCAUGGGCUCUUCCAAAAGUAACGAUGACAACUACCUCAGUACCGGCCAUACCAUUGCCAUCUUAUAUCCUUUUUACGACUAUACUGCUGUACUCAACAAGAGGGAUCACAUCCAUGUUGACCAACAUAGCUGCUAUCGUGUAUUUCCAGUCAGUCUUUCUAAGCUCAUUCACUUCAACCAGGAUCUCUAUAAGCACAACGGCCAAGACAAAGCCCAGCGCUACGCUUGCAGCAAGACAUCCGAUGCCCACGUAGAGUGCAAGCAAUGCUGA